UGGAAGAAACAUUCUAUGUCUUGUAAAUGCAAGUAGGCUAAUGUGCAUUAUAGUGCAUGAUUCCUAAGGUGGAUUAUUUCACGUCUAUUAAGAGUAAUACACAUAAGUGCAUACGGAGAACAAAACGAUGUGUAGUGUAGGCUUACACGCAGAACUCCACGGUAUGCGGCCACGGUUAUGUGCACGUGCUGGAGAUGUGUCCGAGGGAGUCUCCGCGCUCGGAGGGGUGGGAGGGGUUGACAUGUAGAGAACAAUCUUGUUUGUCAUUCUCCACUAUAAACCUCACUCACUGUCUGCCGUGCGCAGCUGUCGUUGCGCGCACUGGUGACUCCGAUCAGCGCCCUUGUUCGUGGCGCACUGAUUGACCGAACUCUGGCGCUCGGCUGCAACCGGAAUGUUGUCCCGCGCUCGUUUACUUCUUUAACACGAGCGAGCGCGGCACUCGAAGCCCGAGGGAGUGGACAGAGGGGAUCAUGAGUUGUUUGGAUGUUAUGUACCCAGCUUAUGGACAUUACACACCGUACGCGCCAGCUGCCUCCGCUUUCAUCAGCAGUUUGCCGGCUCCAGUUGGAGUGAGAAGCCCUUCUCCUCGCACGCGGGAGUUCAUGGAGAGCGUGGGCUCGUCGCAGUGCACGGACAGCACCUCUGGGGCGGCCGCUGCCUCCGCCCCCGCCGCGCCGCUACCGCAGUCCUCCUCCUCUUCCUCCUCGUACACGGCGGCCACAUCGCCAGCCGAUGAUGGCCCCAAGGAGAAGCAGGAGUCGCCCGAGGCGGAGUACCUGAACUCCCGCUGCGUCCUCUUCACCUACUACCAGGGAGACAUCAGCAGCGUGGUGGACGAGCACUUCUCCCGGGCACUCAGCUCCUACAUGGAGGGCGAGAGCAAGCGCAGGACAGCAGACACAGGCACAGCUUCUCCAAUCAACCGGCGCAGUUUCCCCCCGUCGUUCUGGGACAGUAACUACCCCUCUGCGUCCGGUCGAGGUCACUGUGACCCCGGGGUGUCCCCCUACUCCAUGGACCCCUACGCUCACAGCGCCCUGCACCCCGGCCUUCCUCACCCUCACGCUCACGGCCACGCGCACCCGCACCCGCACGCCCACGGUCCCUCCGACUCCUGGAGCUACUCGCAGAGCCAGGCGUACGGGCCGCCGCGGGCCCUCCACGAACUGUACUCGGCGCCGGGCCUGGAGGCGCACUACGGGCCCCUGCUCAUGCCCGCCGUGCGACCGCCGCCGCACCUGGGCCCGCUCCCCGGCCACUACGAGGUGGGCAAGCUGGAGCACACGCCCACGUGGCCGGGCCUGCUGCCCGGCGGCGGCGACGUGGCCCAGACGCUCGCCCUAAACAUGGACCCAGGUGAGAGCGACGUCCCCUGGCGCAAGACGAGAGCCGCCGCAGAGGCGCACCACAACAGUUUCAUUGUUGCUGUGAGGACAAAUCAGGCCGGUUUCCUGUACACGUACUAAGCCUAGUCCUGUAGUCCUAGUCCUAGUCUGAGAGUGAGGGGAAACGCCAACGGAAAAAAGCAAAUUGGAUAAAAAAUGCUUUUAGUCUAGGACUAGGCUUAAACCAUGUAUGGGAAACUAGCCUAUAGAGUCUAACCAACUUUUGCUAUUUCAUGAACUGUCAAUGUCAAAAGAAAUGUCAAUGAUCACAGAUAGGUCAUUUAGGUUUCAGGAAUUAUUUUUAGAAAUGUGUUAGUUGUCUGAAUUGCCAAAGAGGUAUCAGUACAAUACUAGCACAAUAUGAUACUAUUGGGAGUCUUUACAAUUUACACACAGUAUACUUUCUCAAGUAUCGCAGUUGGAUUCUGUGAUAGAUAGGAGAACAUAGCUUUGAGUGUCCCCAAAUAAGAUCCUUAUCCUUACAAUUAUGAAUGAGUAUGCACAUCAAAUCUGUGCAUAUUGUAAAGCUAGAAAAUUUGUUUUAUUUCUCAGCUUGUGAGGAUCAGGUGUAAAGACAUCUUAAAUAAUAUUUUGAACUCAUCACCUCUUCUCCUUAUGUAGUGUAUGUGAUACUCACACUUGCCAUCACAUCAGGCUGGAGUCUGAACUAUGCAUAGCCCACACUGUGAUGGCGUAGAAAGCGAUGUCCUGAGGGUUUAUAUGUGCCAAGCCAAAUUUAUCAUUUUUUAUAUUAUACAUAUUAUUCUAUAAUUACAAUGUGACUCUCCCUAUGACCAUAUAUGGCAUAUUAACCAGCUAUGGUUAAUGUCAGCCUAGUUUCUCCCUAACUAUAUGUAAUUACGUUGUCAACAAAUCAAACGUGUCCAUAGCAUGUAAACACGCUAAGCAGCAUCAUGUUGCGUUAGCACAGCGUUUUGUUUCCUCUUCCCGACUGAGUGUUUGGAUUAGGUUGCAGCCAUGGCGACCGCUGUCCCUUGUCCUCACGGCGGGUUCUAUUGUGUGCGUCUCUGUGUUCCGCCGCAGGCCUCCAGCACCAGAAGAAAGGCAAGGAGCUCUACUGGUUUUAACGACCGGCCGUGGCAUCGACCCGCUAUUCGCUCGAUCCAAUUAGGCCUUGGAGCAGGUCCUGCUGAAGAGCUGUGUCCUUUCAUCCCCCCUCCUCAGCCUGCCCCCCCCCCCAUGAAGCCACAGCAACACUCCAGCUCUGCAUGUGUGCACCAUGGAGAUAAACCGGGGGUCGGUAGGGGGGUGAGGCAGGAGCCAGCCCUGGAGACCGCUGGACUCUCUUGCUCUCUCGUUCUCUUUCUCUCUAUUCCUCCCUCUCUUCUUCACCUCCUCCACUUGGCCUGUGUGUGUGUGUGUGUGUGUGUGUGUGCAGGAGAGAAGCUCAGCAACCCCCCCAACAUAAUCCACUUGGACCCAGAGACCAAACAGAGACACUUUCUGUUUGGUGGAGUUAAGAGACGAUACAGAAGCGUACCGUGAUAACCGACUCAAUUUCUGCCUCGAUCCUGGUGGCAGUGCUUACUUACACUGUACACACUUCACAGAUGUGGAUGCUCCGUCGGUCUGCAGAUGUGUGUGUGUGUGUGUGUGUGUGUGUAUGUGUGUGUGUGUCAUUGUUUGACCUCCCUUUCUCUUUUUUAAACAAAAUAUUUUAUUUAUAUACAUAUUUAUGUGUAUUUUACUGAAACUCGAUUACUACUAGGCCAGUGUAUCAACAACGUAUGGUUAAGACUGUGUUCUCUGUUGCUUAGUCCUCGUUGUUUCCUUUAAGAAUGUAAGGAGCAAAGCGACAAGCUAGUAAAUAUGCACAUGUUACAUUUUGCAGCUGUUAAAGAUGAUUAGAUUCAUUCAAGUGAAGUGGUUGAUGGAAAAGCUUGUUUUGAUAACGGAUUAAGAGCCACUCACACUACACAUACCAUAGGUUCGCAUUUUUGACAAGGUUUCUCUGAUACUGUUUUUAAACUGUGUUUUUCAGUCGUUGGUUUGAAAUGUUUUUACAGGGCAUUUUUUGUCUUGUUUACCUUGGACUGUAUUGUCAAUAAAUAUUUGUAUUGUAAAUACACAUACAUUCAAUUGA